AUGUUGGACACUAUCAUUCCUGCUCUUCAGGACCUGAGCAGGCAGGUGCUGCCCACGCUGCCCUUGCUGAGCCAGGAGGAAGUCUCUACUAUUUGGGGGAAUGUUUCAGAGUUUGUGGAGCGGCAGCUAGCCCUGCACAAGGGAGUUCAUAUUUCAGGAUUUGGAACUUUCACUUUCACGAGACAAAAGCUUGAAAUGGGAAACAAGUUUAUUCUAAUUCAGAGGCCUGUGUUUAUCAUGGCAGAGAAGUUAUUGCAGACUCAUGGGCUCAGUCAAAACAAAGUUUAUUCUCCUGGUGAUAUCCCAGUUGUUCCACUUAAUUUUAUCAUGAUAUCCCUGGAGAGUCCAUUUAACAGGGACACAGUGGAAGGAUGUGUUAAGGAGACAAUACUUUUUUUAUCACGAUCCAUUUCUAUCAAAAAAAAUGUGGAGUUUACAUUCAAAGGAAUUGGGGUCCUCGUGAUCAAAGAUGGCAAAGUGAAGAUGAAAUUUUAUAAGGACUUCCUUUGUAACAUGGAUGGAAGUGGGACUUUGAUCAAAGCCCUAGCAAACAGGCCCAACACUGUGGACUCGGUGUUGUCAAGCAGAGAGGCCUUGAAGAGGCGGCCUGGUAGUGUCCUUUUGUUUCCAAGGAUUGAGCACAAAGAGAUGGAGAACAAACCACCUAUGGAGACCAUUGCAGAAGAAGGUAGAGAGAAUAGACAAACAAAGAGCAAGGUGAAAGACCAGCCAGAAAAAGGAGAUGUCAAGGAAACCUUGGCACCCAAGAAAAUUCGAGAUAAACAAAUUAUGUUCCCAACUAAAUCAACCAGCUUGCCAGACCAGUUUGACCAUGGUGGGAAUGGUGGGACGAACGUAAUCUCUAGAAGCUCAUCAUCUUUAGCUUUUCUGAAAAAUGACAAUGAAACAAAGCCCAGAACAGACCUAGCCCCUGAUUGCCAGGAUCAUAAAAGGGCGGGACAGGAAAUGUGCUAUGUAUGUUUACAACGAGCAAAACGGAAUUUCCCGUUGUACUACAGUGAGGAGAGGAGAAGGGGAGCAAUAGAAGAAGAGCAACUCAUACAGCAACAUCAAAUAAUGAAAGAUCAGGAGGCUUUCUUCAAACACCAGAUUAAAAGUCUGGCUGCUAGAGAACAGAAUCAGAAAAAUGCUGCCUAUAAUCUUGGAGUUGCUGAAGCUAUAAGAAGUCACAAGAAUGAGAAACCUGAAUUUUAUAAAUCCUUCCUGUUUGAUAAACGGCCACUUAGUCCUGAGAUUAAUGCUAUUAAGCAAGAGGAAUAUUCCCAAAGUCUCUUGAGACAAAUGGCUAACAGACGGGAAAAGGAAAUAAAGCAAAGACAAAACAGAGAGUUGAUGGACCACCUAGAACAAGUACAGCUCACAGAGGAACUUGCUGCACAAAGAGCCAAAUAUUUAAAAGAUAAAAUGGAAGAAACACUGUGUUACAAGACAGCUUUGGAUGCUCAGAUGAAGAACAGACCCUCUCAGUUACCUGUGUUUGAACCGGACUCCUCUGAGCCCAUCUUUGGUAAGAAAAAGACUGACUGGCUGGUGGAAAAGCGAAAGCGGGAACAGGAUUACAUGAAGCACCAGCUGGAAACAGCUGCUAACCAGAAGAGGGAAGCCAUUCUGCACCAACUGGUGGAUCAGAAGCGGGACUUGGAGAUGCUUCAGAGGACAAGAAAGGAGUACUUGGCAGACAGAACUGCAGAGCUGGAGAGAGUGAACAAAAUGAACCAAUGCUUGCAGGAGGAUUGGGAAAAUAGCAUUGCAAUAAAGAAAGAGAAGGACCUGGAAGAAAAGUCUUUCGAACGGGCUUCCAACAAGCUGUUCCUUUUGGACCAGUGCAAGAAGUAUCAGCGUUGCAAACAGUGCCAGAGGUGCAUGUCCAAUACAGGCAAGAGCAACUUGUGGUACAUGAACAAGUUCCUGCAAGGCUCCCGGUUGCUUGUAUAA